UUGAACGCGAGCGUUAAUGGACGUGUCGUUGCGCGUAAGUGAUAGAAAGUGAUUGCUACGCCGAAUGUGAUUGAGUGAUGAUGAUGAUGAUACAUACUGCAUUUGAUGUUGUGAAGUCUUGCUUCUGAGAGAAUUGAAUGUGUGUGAUAUUUUGUUGACGGCAACAACAAUAAUAAAAAUCGUAAAGGAAAGAAGAAAAGUAAAUGACCAUCAAAUGUUCGAAACAUACAUAACAAAAUGUUGUUUAAAGUAAAAUAGCAGAGCAAAAAAAAGUAUAAAUAAAUAACGUGUGUACAACUCCUUAUGUGUGGCUGCGAGUGAUGAAAAAAGAGUGUGCAAAAGUAAAUCGGUAUUAUUUUCAAUUGCAAAACAAAAAGGAGAAACCGGUAAAAUAGGAGUGUAUCCUGCGAUUGUCCUGGAACAGUCCUUAUAUUCCCAUCAAAAUUAUAUAUAACCUUAAGUAUGGUUUUAACACACAAUGAGUUCGACAAACUUAAUAUAAACUAAAUGCACUUUCCGCUAAAAACAACCAAACAAAACCGAAUAACAUCAUCAAGCUGCUGCUACUGCUGCUGCUGUGAAUUAAAUGGUAAAAGUGCUGAAACAAAAACAACAUGAAUAACAACAGCAACAACAACAACAUAAAAGUGAAAUGCGAAAUAUAAAAUUGCAAUAGAAAAACAUUUAAAAUAACAUCAAAAGCAAAACGUUGGGCGCCAUUGUAUGGCACGUGAUGCUUGUUGCCUUGAAAAGACAUUUGGCAACGUUACGGAGGAUUUGGAGCUGUUCAACGCGGUAAAGGUGGUGCUGUGUGCGAGGAGUCAGCCAACCCCCAUGUGGGCAUACACACACACACCUCUGUACAUAGCCACCAAGUAGUUCGAACUGCCACUAACGGCUGUUGCUGCCGCUGAUCCUGGUGGUGGCCAUAAAAUUCUAUGACUCUGAAAAAAAAAAUUAACGGAAUAAUAAAACAACAACAUUAAGUAGUACAACAAAAGACAACAUUUUUAAGACAGAAGGAAACAAGGACACAUAAAAACAAAAUAACAAAAACAACAACAGCAACAACAAGAAAAACAAAUCCCAACGCUAAUAGUCGUCAGGUUUGUUGGGUGCAUUUAAAUGUUCAGCGAGCAAACAAGCUGGGAGCAACAGUACCUUGUUAAGGUAACUUAUGGACAUCAUCCGGCAAAGAAAUAACAAUUCACAACAACAACAAAAAUCAUAAAAAAACAACAACAAAGAGGGAGAGAAAAAAUAGAAAAUAAACAUUACCGAAUCCGUACCAACCCUCCCCUACUCAUGUUCGUGGAAUUGUAGGGUAAUCAAAAUCGGAAGUAUUGCACAACAACAACAAAAAACAACAACAUCGCACGGUAUUGGUGUUGUUGUGGGUCCCGUGCAAUCGCGUCGUAUUGUGUUGCAUUUUCGAGUAGCGCGCUUCGCGACAUGGCCGUCAGCAAUAUCGUGUGUGAAUGGCUGAGGGCCCUCGGUUUGGGCCAAUAUGCCGAAAGUUUUCUCGACAAUGGUUACGAUGAUUUGGAAAUCUGCAAACAGGUUGGCGAUCCCGAUCUAGAUGCUAUCGGUGUUGAAAAUCCGGCACAUCGUCACAAGCUGUUGAAAAGUAUACGACAGUUGCGUGAAAAGGGUGCCGCCUCGGUGUAUUUCAUGUUGAACGAUCCCAACUCAUUGUCGGGCAGUGCGGAAAUAUUAUGUGUAACACCACCGCCAAAUGAUCUGGAUAUUGUCAUACGAGAGCAGCUGGAAACGGAUGGUGUAAGGCUAACCGCUCAUCCAUAUUCGACACCGGAUGGACAACGUGGUCAUUUAGAGGGCCUAGCAUCCGUUUAUUGUGAAUUGUUAAUGGCUCCCUUCGGAGAUAUUUUAAGUGCUUUAGAAAAUGCCAGACAAGCAGCAUGGGCUGAGCGCAGUCCCAUGAAUCCUGCCGGCGGCAGUGGGAGUAGCGGUAGUGGCAGUGGCGUGAGUGGCAUUGCCACGCAGCGGCUUCACGGCCAUCGAGGCAAUUCCAGCCGUGGUGGUCAUCUGCCGAAUAGUCAUAGUCAGCCCAUAUAUGUGCCAGGAAAAUAUUCGCCCUCCAGUUGCCUGUCGGACAAGGAAGAAGAUGAAAUUUAUGGUUUCGGCUAUGGCGUGUUUGCACCACGUGUUGGUCGUGGCACUUUGACGCAACAGCAACAUUUCAUACAACAACAAACGCUGCAGCAGCAGGCGCAAAUAAGCCAGCAGCAGCAGCAACAACAACAACUGUCAUUAAUGCAAGGUGGCGGUGUUGGUGGUCAUCAAUUACAGCAACGCCAUCCACAGAGUCUUCAAUCCAUCCCGCCCAAUGCUGCCCAUUUGAAUUUUGUACAACAAAAUUGCCUAAGUCCUCGCUCCGCUUAUUUUUAUGAAUUUCCACCAACGACGGAGGGUCGUGAAACUAAAAAACGCACAACUCUAGCACGUCUAUUAAAAGGUUUAAAGACCGUCAAUCGUCGAGAUCGUGCCAGCCAUCAAAAUACCGCAGCUCAAGCCCAAGUCAGAGCGGCAAACGAACGUUUACGGCACUUUCAAACCCUAAAUGGUGGCCAUCAACAUAGUUUCGAGGAGACAAUUCAUAGGUUAAAAGUACAAGAGGCAAUGCGUAAAAAGGAGAAAUUUCAACGAGAACAUGAAGAGAUACUUCGUGACAUACGCAAGGGUUUACUGCAAAUGGGCCGGGAAGGCAAAAUAGAUGACACCUACAUGUACGAUGAUGCUUUGCGAAGUGGUCCCCACUAUGCUGUUAGUGGUAUCCAUCCCCAGGGUCAUUGGUACGAUGAACCUCCCUAUGAAAGUGAUCCAGAUGAUUUCCUGAUGUCAGGACUCAAUUAUGGGCCAGCGGCCACAAUACAGGGUGGACGUGUACGUUACUCCUCGAAUCGUGAUAGCACCGGUGUCAUUUCAUUACGUUCAGCCGGUGAUAUUUCAUUGCCACAACGAGCACCACCGCGAAGAGGUCUCAUCUUACCUCAACAGCCACCAAAUCCACCGACAAUAAUUCCUUUAACACAUGCCAGAUCCCAUGACCGAGAAAGCGGUGAUUAUGCUGGCUCAAUAUCAGACCUCCAAAGUGUUACCUCCCGUCUCAGCACCGUAUCGAUUAGUACCAAUAAUUGCACGGCUCGUUAUCGUACUUUGAGUGGUGGCCUUGGUAAUUCACCAUCUCUGUCGCCCAGUCCCUCCUCCGAUUAUGAAGACAUUGGCAUUGGAGCACCCCGGGCCCUGCCACCAAGCCUGGCGGCAAAGGUUAAAAAGAACGGUGCCAUUGCAACAAAGUCAAACACAAUUAGCCAGAAAGCUACCAUACAUCAUACCAACGAAAUGCGAAACUCGCAAAAGGAAAUUGGCACAUUUAAUGAGAAUGGAGUGCGAAACUUUGUUGCCACAAAAGAUACUUCAAGGGAUUUCAGCAAUUCCCAAGAUAAUACCGACCGGGGCAGCAUGAGCGAUCAGGCCUUUGCAUAUUCGGCGAGUUCAGUGGAAAGUUUACCCAGUGCUUCCGGUUCAAGCACUCAGGCUUUAGUACGUCCAGGCAGUCCACAAAGUUCCAUUUCGACCGAUGAUCGCAUCUCGUUAGCAGCACCAAUAUGCAAAGCAAAAGCACUUGUCGAUAGCAUGGCAAAUCCUUACGAUAAGGAUGCACUUAAAUUUAAGAAAGGUGACAUAAUAGAAGUGCUUUCAAUGAACGCCUCUGGCAUAUGGAAGGGUCGUUGCCAUGGCCGUGUGGGUCAUUUUAAGUUUAUCAAUGUCGAAGUGUUGCCAGAUCAGCGUUUGAAGCAUUCGCACAGCAAAACCCUGACGGGUCUGGCUGGGAAGAGCAUAAGCGCUGCCAUGGGUAUUGGCGGCAGGCAUAUGGCCAAUGUAAAUGGUCCACAUUCGGUGGAGGAUCUGUUGAUGCGCAUCGGUUUGAAGGAGUACACAUCUGUAUUCGUUUUAAAUGGCUACGAAGACCUGGAACUGUUCAAGGAACUAGAACCUGCAGAUUUGGAUUAUUUGGGUAUUAUUAAUCCGGAUCAUCGGACAAAGUUGUUGACCGCUGUGCAGCUGCUGCAUGAUAUGGAUUGUGCUUCCAACUUCCCCCAAACCGGCUCUGAUGUGGACAUUGCCGGUUCCAGUUCAGAAAAUGAUGAAGCUCGUCUCAAUAAUAUCAACAAAAAACAUGCUGCCUCGCCGUUCGGUCGUCGUCAUUUUCCACGCGACUCAGGUUGCUAUGAAGGUUCACCGGUGCCCACCUCACAGACACCCACACAAACGCUGGCCUCCACGGACGAUUCGAAUAGUUUGGACGAUGUUGUCUCGAAGUGUUCCAGUGAAAUUAUGAAACGUGUCGAGAGUGCCAAACGUGUUAAGGAUAACCCUUUCCGCACCAAUACCGCCCUACCAUCACGUGUGGGUAAGAAAUCCAUACUCGGCGGCAACAGUCUAAUGUCCGACGACACUUUAAUACGUGGCGGUGGGUUGAGUGAGAAAUCCAGUGAUUCGGGUGUCAGCAGCAGUUCGUUGUCUUCGGGUCCCAUGAAGAACAGCACUUAA